GGGCGCGGUCGAGGCCCCGAGGCGGCGGCGCCGGAGGAAGCGGAGGAGAUCGGGCGCUCCGGGCCCGGGAGGCGGGCCGGGCAGCGCGGCCGCCGGUGCAGCCCCGGGCUCGCCAUGCUCCUGGCCUCGGCCGUGGUGGUCUGGGAAUGGCUGAACGAGCACGGCCGCUGGCGGCCCUACAGCCCCGCCGUGAGCCACCACAUCGAGGCGGUGGUCCGCGCCGGGCCCCGCGCCGGGGGCAGCGUGGUGCUGGGCCAGGCGGACGGCCGCCUGGCGCCCUACAUCAUCGACCUGCAGUCCAUGAACCAGUUCCGCCAAGACACGGGAACCCUGCGCCCAGUCCGCCGCAACUACUACGACCCAUCCUCGGCCCCCGGGAAGGGCGUGGUGUGGGAGUGGGAGAACGACAACGGCUCCUGGACACCCUACGACAUGGACGUGGGCAUCACCAUCCAGCACGCCUAUGAGCGGCAGCACCCCUGGAUCGAUCUCACCUCCAUCGGCUUCAGCUAUGUCAUCGACUUCCACACCAUGGGUCAGAUCAACCGGCAGACGCAGCGCCAGCGCCGGGUGCGGCGGCGCCUCGACCUGGUCUACCCCAUGGUCACCGGCGCCUUGCCCAAGGCGCAGUCCUGGCCGGUCAGCCCGGCCUCGGCCACCUCUCCCCCGGCUCCACCCUGCUCCUGUCCGCAGUGUGUCCUGGUGAUGAGCGUCAAGGCGGCCGUGGUCAACGGGAAUAGCGGGCCCCAGCAGCCCCCCACAACCCGCAAGAAGGUGGCCCCCUCUGCUGUGGUCAAGUUGCCCCCGCCACCGGGCCUGGGAGUCAAGCCACCGGAUACCACGGGCACCAUCCGAGCCCCGGCCAAGGCCACCGCAUUGCAAAUGCCCCGGCGACCCGUCUCUAGCACACCAGCUGGGGCAGCCGCCGGGGUCGCGGCCACCACGCCUGCAGCCAGCAGCAAGACCGGCAGGGUGGCCCUGGCCACCUUGAAUCGCACCAACCUGCAACGGCUGGCCAUCGCCCAGUCUCGGGUGCUGAUCGCCUCUGGAGUUCCUACUGUCCCCGUAAAAAACUUAAAUGGGUCCAGUCCCGUUAACCCUGCCCUGGCAGGAAUCACUGGGAUCCUCAUGAGUGCGGCUGGCCUGCCUGUGUGUCUCACCAGACCACCGAAGCUGGUCCUCCACCCGCCCCCUGUCAGCAAGAGUGAAAUCAAGUCCAUCCCAGGGGUUUCCAACACAAGCCGCAAGACCACUAAAAAGCAAGCCAAGAAAGGUAAAACCCCAGAGGAAGUACUGAAGAAGUAUCUGCAGAAGGUCCGGCAUCCACCAGAGGAGGACUGUACCAUCUGCAUGGAGCGCCUCACCGCCCCCUCGGGUUACAAGGGCCCACAGCCAACCGUCAAGCCUGACCUGGUGGGCAAGCUGUCCAGAUGUGGACAUGUCUACCACAUCUACUGCCUGGUCGCCAUGUACAACAAUGGGAACAAGGAUGGUAGUCUACAGUGCCCGACCUGUAAGACCAUUUAUGGGGUGAAGACAGGCACCCAGCCUCCUGGAAAGAUGGAGUACCACCUCAUCCCCCACUCUUUGCCUGGCCAUCCGGACUGCAAAACCAUCCGGAUUAUCUACAGCAUCCCCCCUGGCAUUCAGGGUCCAGAACAUCCAAAUCCUGGAAAGAGUUUCAGCGCCCGUGGUUUCCCACGACACUGUUACCUUCCCGACAGCGAGAAGGGGAGAAAAGUUCUGAAGCUGCUGCUUGUGGCCUGGGAUCGCCGCCUCAUCUUUGCCAUCGGAACGUCCAGUACUACGGGCGAGUCAGACACUGUCAUUUGGAAUGAGGUGCACCACAAGACAGAGUUCGGCUCUAAUCUCACCGGCCACGGCUACCCAGAUGCCAACUACCUGGAUAACGUGCUGGCUGAGUUGGCAGCCCAGGGCAUCUCGGAGGACAGCACUUCCCAGGAGAAGGAUUGAGGCUGGGGAGGGGGGUGCUCACAAGGUUCCUGGGGGACCUGCAGGACAGGAAGUAGGGAGAGUCGAGGUAGAAGUUGUUGCCACGCCUUCCCGAUGCCCUCAUCUACCCUUUUGCCCUGUGUCCAUCCUUCAUCCCUCCGGGCCACAGGGGUACCCAGAUCGGCAAAGGUGAUGCCAUUCAUAAAUUUCAUCCACCAGACAGGGGACACAGGAUAAAGACCAUCCUUCAUCUGGCCCCGUGGAGUUUUCCGGUGCUGGGUAGGCAAGAACUCUUCCCCCACCCUUCCCCAAGUAGGGGGACACGGUCAGCACAUUGAAGGGGUGGAGGGUAUCCAUGGGCAUUCCAUACCUUGGCCUCGUGAAACUGAAGCUCCUUGCCUCAGCCAGCUUCUUGCUGUUCCCUCUCUGCUUUGAAAGUGGAGUUUCCACCUCUCCCUCCUCCUCAGGAGGCAGGGAGAGCCACUGU